AUGGUGUCACGAGGGAACAAUGGCGCGACCAGCCUGAGUACGGUUCGUACGUAUCCGACGACUACGAGCACGAUUACCGCUACGAGCACGAGCCACAAGAAGGAAAUUUCGUCGUUGUACAGCGAAUCGUCUCGAGGUCCGGAAUUGGAUCUCAUGGAAGCACAGCUUUCGGCUAUUCUCGUCAACGAAGAGUUCUACCAAGUUCUGUACAUUCCCUGCACUUCGUCCUCCGUGUCCAAUGACAGUCGUCCUUUGGGAGAAGAAUGGAGACGUAAGAUUUGUCAAUGGUCCUUUCGAGUCAUUGACCACUUUAGACUCGAUCGAGAAAUCGUUAGCUUUGGACUCAACCUGUUCGACCGAUUCUUGGUCACCAACUGUAUCGCUAAGCAGCAACAGCAAGAGCAGCAACAAUCACCAAAGAACAAACCACGAACACUCAAAAACGGUAAUCUAUGCACGUGCACAUGUCCCUCUUGCGCACAGAGCAUUGACAGUCGAACCUACCAACUCGCCGCCAUGACGUCCCUUUACGUCGCCAUCAAGCUGCAUCCCGACAACAAUGCCCUCACCGAAGACGGCAUGCGCCGAAAACGGUACUUCAAACUAGAAUCUUUCGUGGAACUGUCAAGAGGACAAUUCGGGGCCGCCGAUAUCUGCCGCAUGGAACAAGUCAUUCUACAAACACUCAAAUGGAGGGUCAAUCCUCCCACUCCCAUGGCCCUCGUCGCUUACCUACUCUCCCUCAUGCCGCCCAUUAUCGACAUUCCAUCCGCGUCAAGACCCACAUACGAUCUCGUUUUGCACGUUCUUCAAGAACUAUCGCGGUACAUUACAGAGUUAUCCGUCUGUCUGGGAAGCAUUUGCUCCACAUCGCCGGCAUCACAGGUAGCCUACGCGGCCAUUCUCGUAUCCAUGGACUUGCUUACACUCAAGGCACUGCCCAUGAGGGCAAGGGAUACCUUCCACGCCGCCGUUUCCAUGACAUCCUUGCAGAGCGGAGGAACUUUACUCAUGCCCCACAAGCAAAAGAUUCGCAAACUCAGUCAUGUGCUUUCCAAGUCGCUCUUGCCGGAAAUGUUGCUGGAAGAUGCGAGUGGUGGAUCCUCGUCCUCCAAUUCGUCGUCCUGUCAUCCCAUUGUCAUUGCUCGUGAUUUUGGUCUGUUGAAUCUCUCCAGGAUAAACGGCAGCAGUAGCAGCAGCAGCAAGGGAAGCGACUCGUCCAUCGAGUCGUCGUGUCAAGGCAGUCCAACCGCUGUCAGUCAGGGCUGUUACUAA